GUGUACUGUACGGGCCCGAGAGCUUGGUAUCUCGAUGUCUGUAACAUACAGUUCAGUCUGUCUGUACCGUCUGUACAGUGUACUAGUGUUGUCAAUGAGAAUAAAGAGUGAAUCAAGAAGCCAAACAAGGUGAACUGAGAGUAUCAGGGAAGAAGCUGUAUGAGGUUGCUAGGUUCUCCUCUUGCCACCAUGAACUCUUCCCAGAUCCCCAACCCCCCUUCCUUCUGUAGUUGAUGACACCACAGCUGACCAGGAAAUGGCAGACAGUGUCAGGACCUUCAUCCACUAUGUUGCAACAGGGAUCAAGGACUCUAUUUUGGGGAUCGGGACGAUCUCCAAGCUGGACUCCCGCAUCCAGCAGAAGAGGGAGGAGCAGAGGAGGAGGAGGGCCACCGGGGCUUUAGCGCUCAGACGGGCGCAGAGCGAGGACUGCAAGCAGGAGAGUGAACCCAAGUUAAUCAGCCGAAUCUUCCAGUGCUGUGCAUGGAAUGGUGGGGUGUUCUGGCUCAGUUUAUUUCUUUUCUACCGGAUCUUCAUACCCCUUCUCCAGGCCAUCACAGCACGCAUCAUAGGUGACCCCUCUCUCCAUGGCAACGUGUGGACCUGGCUGGAGUUCAUCCUGACUUCUGUGUUCAGUGCCCUCUGGGUACUGCCGCUCUUUGUGCUGAGCAAGAUAGUCAACGCCAUCUGGUUUCAGGACAUCGCUGACCUGGCCUUUGAGGUGUCUGGUCGUAAGCCCCAGCCCUUCCCCAGCGUCAGUAAGAUCAUCGCAGACAUGCUGUUUAACCUCCUGCUGCAGGCUCUCUUUCUCAUUCAGGGUAUGAUUGUCAGCCUGUUCCCCAUCGACGCCAUUGGUCAGACGGUCAGCCUCCUCCACAUGUCCCUGCUCUAUUCGCUGUACUGCUUUGAGUAUCGCUGGUUCAACCACGGCGUUGAGAUGCACCAGCGGCUGUCCAAGAUUGAGAGGAACUGGCCCUACUACUUUGGUUUCGGUUUACCGAUGGCUCUGCUGACCGCCUUGCCCUCGUCCUACAUUGUCAGUGGAUGCCUGUUCUCCAUCCUGUUCCCACUGUUCAUCAUCAGUGCCAACGAGGCCAGGACUCCCGCUAAACUUUACCACUUCCAGCUGCGCCUCUUCUCCCUGGUGGUGCUGAUCAGCAACAAGCUCUUCCACAAGACCAUGAACCUGCAGUCCUCCAUGAUGGCCUCUCCGUCCACCGAAAAGCUGUCGUCUCCCCAGGCCUCCCCGGCCCGCCAGCGCCCCCCGCCCGUCCGCUAAGCGCUAGCGGGGGGCGGCGGCGGAACGCACCGGAAUCUCACGCUCCACUGGAAGGGGGCACUCACACUCUCACAUCCUGAACUGGUCUGGCGAAAAAAAAGGACGGAUUUACACUUUUGUAUUUAUUUUAUUUUAUGGUUUUUGUGAGUCGGCGAAAGUGUUAAUGAAGUUUUUUUUCCCGUUUGCUUCAUAGUCUGUCUUAAUACCCGUAAUGCAAAGCAAAGAGACACGUUUCAUGUGAAUUGUGUUUGUAUGGGAUUAGUUUGUGCAUGGAAUGGGAUAUAUCUGUGCCUCAAACAUAUACUGACAUGGAUUUUUUUUGGACAGAACAUGUGCCAUUCGUUUGAAGGGAAGUCACCUCACUGACACAAUGCAUCCCUUUUUUUUUUUUUUGGUAGCAGAAACGUCCAACAAUUUAAUUUUUCCAUAUUCUCUGGGUCAGAUUCCAAGUAAAUUUUUCAUACAGGUUUAGCGCUAGAGACCAUAUGUGAUAUGAAGAAAUCAAUGAUGUGGUAAUUAUCCCAAAACAGAUUGAACACAGUAAACAUAAAGGCAUUUAUUUAUGUUAGUGUGCUAUCAAGACAGCCAUGGAUUUUGUUGUUGAACCAGCAGUGAGGCACAGACUGAAAUCAGAGCUCCUUUACUGAGCUAUAUAUCACAGCUUGCAGCAAGUGAGGCCGGACCUCCUCUUCCUAUUGAGGGAUAGACUUGCGUGCUGGAGCACAGCGUCACUGUCUUUUUGUAGUUUUGUUUCUGUGAUUGAAAAAAAAAAAAAAAAAAAAUCUCUCUUUUAAAUCAAGCUGCUGCUACACAUUUUAAUGUCCUGUUCUUUUCCGUACCGUCUCCAUAAAUUCAGGGAGUUAUUUAACUGAGUUUAUUGGCCGUUUCGGAGGAGGCUCUUGACUGAAAACGAGAGAGGCUUUUAAAUGGCUUUAUGAGAAUCUCGUUUUAGUGUUCAUAACAUUGUGUUUCUAUAAAAGUGGAUGCAUAUAAAAAUGCAAAAGACAAAGAUCUUGGACUGUUCUGCGGUAGUGAAUAAAGAAUUAUCAGAA